UGACAACCUUGAAAGAAGUACAAAUUUUGCAUCACUUUCCACUUUGUAGCGGCGUUUUUUGCAACUGAGCAAUUCAUCACUGGUGGAAUGAAACCGAAAUGGUUGUGAUGCAUAAAUUGUGGUGAAACUGAAAAUGAGUAAAGAGAGUGUAAACCCACUGAAAAAGUUUCAACGCAUUUCUCAGAACCGAAUUGUAGCGAUAUGCAUCCCAAUAAUAUUGGGACAGAUUCUUGCUGUGCUUAUCAGUCUAACAGCAAUAUGUAAUGGCAUACUUUAUCGUCAUAAAAUAAACCUACCACUUGCUAUAAAUAUUCCACACUACUUUUUAUUAGCCACUUUCUAUGGACUUCCCUAUCUUUUAUAUAAAAUAUAUACGAGUCGUUGCAGUAACACACCGACUAAUAGUACUAGUAAUCCCAGUGAUGCUGGAGAUUUUGAAGAGGAUUACAAUGGUACCACUGACAACAUAAACAUUGAACCUGUCAUUAUACCUAGUUCUAGAGGACGUCUAAUAAAUAUGCUACUAACUCGUCUUGGCCUCUAUUCACUUGUUGGCGUCAUUGAUGUCCAUGCCAACUGGGCAAUUGUGUCUGCUUAUGCAUAUACUAGUGUGACUAGUGUGCAACUAUUAGAUUGUAUUACAAUACCAACGGUUGUAUUGUUGAGUUACUUCUUCCUAUAUCAACGUUAUAAAUGGAAUCACUAUGCUGCUAUAAUUUUAUGCUUAAUUGGUGCUACUGGUAUGGUGCUUACGGAUUACUUCAUACCAUCUUCUAGCACUGAUAAUGUUAAUGCAAAUGGAACACAUGACAGUCUAUUGAACAAUACUAUGAUUAAUCAAUUGUUUACUCCACAACAAAUGGUUUUUGGUGAUUUUCUAGUCAUUAUCGGCGCUGUUGCGUAUGCUGUGUCAAAUGUUUUGCAACACUACCUAAUUGUUAAGUAUGGUAUUAUUGAAUUUCUUUGUUGUGUCGGUGUAGUAGCAUCUGUCAUAACAUUGAUUUAUACAGUUAUAUUUGAACAACUAGCUGUUAGCAGUGUACUGGCUACUAUCACUUAUGCAAAUUUAAAUGAAAUUAUUGCUUGUUUUGUUGGUUAUGCAUUAUCAAUGUUUUUACUUUAUUCACUUAUGCCUGUAGUCUUGGCACGUUCAUCUGCUGUCCUAGUUAACUUAUCUCUGCUUACGGCAGAUAUCUAUGCAGUAUUAAUGGGUGUUUAUAUUUUCCAUUAUAGUUUUCAUUAUUUAUACAUUCUGUGCUUUCUAUCCAUUUUGUUUGGUGUUUGUUUAUUCAACAUAUAUUCACCAAUCAUUAUUGAUGCUGAUAAAAGAGGACAAAUGUCUAAUUGUUUUCAAACUAUCAUGCAAAAAAGGAAAAGGCAACAUUUAAGCGAACAUCUUAGUCAUGAACAGAUUGGAUAAAAAACGUUCAUUUUGAGGGCUGAUUAUUUUUAUCCUGUAAAAUCACCUUUCUCGUUAUUUUGUGUGUGUGUGUUAAUGACUGCAUACUUUUGCUUACUUCCUUAAAAAUACUUUAAUGGAUUAAUUAUAUAUAGUUUCAUUGCCAUCUGUCAUCCACUUUGCACGAGCAUAUUUGUUUAUAACAGAAUCUUUUAUUUACAUUCUCCUAUUUAACAAUCACUGUACUACUACUACUACUACUGUAUAUGAGCAAAUUUGUCAAAGUGAGAUUAAAAAUUACCGCACAUUUUUUUCAAGUAGACUUUUGUUGAUCCCUCU